UUAUUUUAGCAGGCUAUAUGGUCCUUAAGAUGGUUUCACUUUCAUUUUGAGUGUUACAGCUCUAUAAUAUCCGAACAUCGUGCCUAUUGUCAGUCGUUCGUGUGGCUGAAGUUCGAAGCGCAGUAACAUGGAUUUAUGUUCAAUUUUGACAUUCGUUAGAAAUUUAAUUAAUGGCAUAUACGGUUGUGUUUACGAAUGUUUCUGUAAUAGGGAACUAAAUUUAGGUUAUCACCGUUUGUCAAAUAGGCCCAGAUCACAUUCCAUUCAGCAGGAGGAUGAAGUGGAUUUCACACCACAAAAAAGUAAAAAGGGAUAUAUAGAAUAUAUAGGCAAGACAGUCAGAUGGUCAAAAGGGCUCAGAUUCCACAUUAUGGUCAUUGGGAAUGAUAUGAAUUGUCACAAGGACAUUUUGAGUCGUCUGAGUAUCAUUCUGCAAGAAGAUGAAGAGAUCUCUGGGGAUCAGAGUGACGUCAUCAUCGCUUUUGUCCCGAUUGUGUCUCGAGCUGGAACGAACAUUCAAGACGCUCUUCAGAAGAUACCAGAAAACCGGCCUGUUGUUUUCAUGGCGCUCCAUCACACGUUUGAUCCAAAUUAUAUUGCUCCAGAAAGCAGACAUGCGAUUCAGAGGAGCAAUGUAUUCUCAGUGGACUUGCUCUUUCAUGAAGACCAGGGAGUGCUGAACUGUUAUCAUAACACAAAGGCUCUGGAGGCAACAAAAUAUUAUUUACAAAACAGCCAGGUAACAGAUUUCAGUGCUUGGAUGGUUUGAUGCUGGAAAUGAAUGUUUACACCUUGCCGCUUUAUUGCCCUGAAUCCGAUUACACCGCUGAAGGUCUGAUUGUCUACUCACAACUUUUUCCUGGGAAUUGAGAAUUGAUUUGUGCAGAUCAUUAAUAUUACAGAUCGUUGAACAAAAUUUAACAGUUUAUCUUUCAGCUUAAAAUAUAAUCAUGUUGUACCUUGCACUGUACACCAAUCAGGCAUAACAUUAUGACCACCUGCCUAAUAUUGUGUUGGUCCCCCUUUUGCUGCCAAAAUGGCCCUCUCCCCUCAUGCACUGUGCAUUUUGACACCUUUCUAUCAGAACCAGCAUUAACGUCCAGCAAUUUGAGCAACAAUAGCUGGAUUGGACCCUAGCCCAUGACCUUGUCUCCGGUUCACCACUGUUCCUUCCUUGGAUCACUUUUGAUAGAUACUGACCACUGCAGACUGGGAACACCCCACAAGAGCUGCAGUUUUGGAGAUGCUCUGAUCCGGUGGUCUAGCCAUAAUAAUUUGGCCUUUGUUAUGCUCCCUUGCUAAUAUAUCCCACCCACUAACAGGUGCCGUUUGCAUGUUCUCCCUGUGCUUGGUGGGUUUCCUCCAGGUGCUCCGGUUUCCUCCCACAGUCCAAAGACUAGGUUGAUUGGAGUCUCUAAAUUGCUCAUAGUGUGUGAUUGUGUGAGUGAAUGAGUGUGUGUGUGCCCUGAGAUGAGUUGGCACUCCAUCCAGGGUGUAUCCUGAUGCCCGAUGAUGCCUGAGAUAGGCACAGGCUCCCCGUGACCCAAGGAUAGAUCGGAUAAGCGGUACAGACAAUGAAAUGAAAUGAAAACUAACAGGUGCCAUGAUGAGGAGAUCAUCAGUCUUAUUCACUUCACCUCUCACUGCUCAGAAUGUUAUGCCUAAUCGGUGAAUAUCACAGACAUCGUUCCAGCAAAAUAAUUUUAAUUCAUCCUACAUACAGAUAAUAAAUAUUUCCAUACAGAAAACACCACUAAAGCAACUGUGCUAGAAAAUGAAUCAACACCAAUCAGAAUCAAACAAUGAACUUCACUGUGGUAUAAGAUGAUUAUAAGCAUGAUUAUGGCUGAAGGUUUGUGGACAUCUGACCAUCAUACCCAUAUGUUCCUUUUGAACAUUAGCUUCAUUUUAUAAAAACCUCUAUAAUAAACUUUUCUGGAAGGCUUUACACUAGCUGUUGGAGUGUGGCUGUUAGGGUUGUGUUCAUUCAUUUAUAGUGCAUUAGUGAGAUCAGAUUCUUAUGCUGAGAUAUUGAGGAGACUUUGUUGGGGGUUGAGUCAGAGUCAGGGCUCUGUGCAGGACACUCCAGUUCUUCCACUCCAAUCUUCACCUCUACACCAUGUCUUCUUGAAGCUCUCUUCUUUGUGCACAGGUGCAUUGUCAUGCUGGAACAGGGUUUGAGUGUCUUAGCUCCAGCGAAGGGAAACAACGAUCGAAUUUUGGAAAAGAAUCAUAUAUGGGUGUGAUUGUUAGAGGUGCACAUACUUAUAUAUUGUAUAUUGUGUAUUUCUUUGUUAAUGUAAUCCAAUUAAAGAAAAUAAAUCAUAUUUAGCUUUAGAUUGUACUGCUUUCUAAUAAUCUCUCAGGUGUGAUAUCUUUGAAGGUGAUUAUAUGGUAGUAUUUUUUAUGUUUAGAGACAAAAUGUUGAAAAGAGUGACAAUUUUAUUCUGCACACACACACACACACACACACCAAAAUAUGUUUAUAUUAUUUAAGAAGUUUAGCUGGUUUAGAAGAGAGUUAUUUUCCAGAAUUCUCCAAACAUCUCUAAAGCUACUGAUAUCUAACCAAGAAUUUUCUAUAUUUUUUCUGCAAUAUUGAGAAUAA